UCAUAUUUCCGGGGCUGCUUCAAGAAUGUAAACUAUUCAACAUGGAGACUGUUGAUAAGCUGGAGGCGAUGCAUGCAAAAGGACCACCCUGAUUCCUUGCUGUCUGUCCAGUGCCCCUUUUAUAUUGUACUACUGAUAACCCAGUUAUUAAAGCAGUGCAAUGUUAAAAGGGCAUUGGCCAGGGAUUUUUCUCACAGUUCCAGAAAGCAGAGGCUGGUAUAGAAUAUGUGGAAAAGCAGCUGAAAUUUGACUUCAUGACCAAUGCUCGAGAGGCUGGCUCAUUCGAGGGAAACCCAGCUCAGUUGUUGGAGAACUUAUCGUGUAUCAAAGCACGGCAUGCAGCCCUGUGUGCGCAGGUGGAGGAGAUCGUGGCAGAACAGAAACAAUCUAUGGACUCGAUACGAGCUCACCUGGACACCACAGUGCAGCUGGUUCAACAGCUGCAAAACACAUCAGAUACACAGGCUGUGCCUACAUUAGAACCUCAAAGUCAAGCACAGUCUAAAUCACAGAUUGUGUGUGAAGAGGUGACUGAGGGGACAUUUGAGACUGUCCCGCAGAGCAUACGUGGUAACUUAAAGCUGGAUGACCUCAACACAUUCUAUAAGCAGUUACCCGAGUACUUCACAGAUAAGAACAGAAGGCCAAUAGGCACGCAAAGGAUGAAGGAGUUGAACAUGAAUUUCAGUGACUCUGCAUUGAAGACUUUACAGCACCUUAAACUCAUUGAAUUAGAGAAGAAAGGACUUGUUUCGUUGCUUUCAUGAAACCGAAAAAUCAGAACAAACUGGAGACUGGCUAGUUUUAGGAAUGCAUUCCCCCAACUCAAUAAGUGUAAAGCAUGGAUGACUGGCAAAAAAUAGAGAAGACACUGGUCCUUAAACUUUAGUACAUCUGUCAAUCUGGACUGCAUUUAAAAAAAUAUAUUUUGUUACACCAGUGAAAAAAGACAAAUUUGCUUUUAUCAUUCCAGAGCCUUUUAAUGAAUAAACUUAAUUAAAUGUAGUUGUAGGUUUUUUUUGUCCCAUGUCUUGAGCAAAAUGUAUUGCUGCUGUAUGAAAUUUUAUCUUGACCUGAUUUAGAAUCCUUAGAUUUAUAGAAAGAGGCAAAAUUGACCAGCAAAAGUUUCCUGCAGUACUUUAAUAAAGAGAAGCAGCUGUUUUUAAGUAAUUUCAGUUAGAAAAGGCCCCGGCAAAGAGAACCAAAUUGUAUUUUAAUGUAAUACAGUAUAUUAUAAAACAUUUUAAAUAGGUGACUUAUCAAUUCUUUAAGUAUGCAAUAAAAUGUCUUUUAGUUUUGUA